CCCAUGCGAAAGUGACGAGCGAUCUGACUCGGGGCUCUACGUAGUUUGAGUCACUGUGUGCCACACCGGGAGUGCCUAUGGUGACGUCGGGGCGGUUUUCCCACUGAGGAGGUCAGUCAAGCAGAAGUUGAUGGAGAGAGCAGAGCAAGAGAGAAGGAGGCAAUUUUAAGCCCCUCUGAAUCUUUCAUAGGACAGCUCUCCGGCAUCAAACUGCGUGCACGGACUGGGAUCAGGAGUCGGUCCUGGGAUGUGCUCUUAGCGGGAGCCGAAAGUGACACAGAAACCCAGCCAGAAACAAUUUAGCAGUCACCCGGAGCUGGAGGGUGAGAACCACUGAUUUCUGUCCUUCAAGGAGUUUGAUGCAGGAUCACUGCUUUUGUGUCAGCUCCUCUUGAGAGCCUCAGAUGAAAGGACGACCAGCAGAAAUGCACAGCGCAGCAAAGAAAGGGAGUGGGCAUGACUGCUGGCUGGCUAAUCCCUAACCCCCUUAAUAACACCACGGAGGCAAAGCAACCACAAACAACACAAAAGGUAUGCAUGUUGGCCUUUUCUGGUGUGGACGUAUCCGACCGACUUGGGCUUGUUCCUUUCUCUGCGACAUCGCCCCAUCUGAUCAAAAGGAAGCCUAAACCUGCUUUCUAUGAGCAGCUGAUGUGACGGACUUUGGACAGAUACUGGUUGAAUUUCAAAGAGUCUGUCACCCGGCCCACGAAGAUGUCCUCAAACGAGCUGAGUGUUGAGAUGGACUCCUGCAUUCGGACAUUCAAGGAGCAUAUGCAUCUCGAACUGGAGCCCCCCAAGGUCCCGGGUGUAGUGGGAGGGAAACGGGCCGCCACAUCCCCUAAACUUUCCCCGCGGAGCUCCCCGCGGCUCUUCCGCAAGUUGAUGGUCAACAAGAGCAUCAGACAGAGGCGACGCUUCACUGUAGCGCACACCUGUUUUGAUGUGGAGAAUGGCCCGUCCGCCAGCUGCAGUCCCCUGGAUCCUCAGGCCUCCCCCGGCUCUGGACUGGUCCUCCAUACCAACUUCCCGGGUCACAGCCAGCGCAGGGAGUCCUUUUUGUAUCGCUCUGACAGCGACUAUGAUCUGUCACCCAAGUCGAUGUCCCGGAACUCCUCCAUUGCCUCUGAGCUACAUGGCGAUGACCUGAUCGUGACGCCUUUUGCUCAGGUCCUGGCAAGCCUUCGAAGUGUGAGGAAUAACUUCACAGUAUUGACCAAUGUCCAGUGUGCCUCCAGCAAGAGGUCUCCUGCAGCCGGAAAUCAGCCUGCAGUCACCAAAGUGUGCCUCCCAGAUGAGGCCUACCAGAAGCUGGCCAUGGAGACCACGGAGGAGUUGGACUGGUGUCUGGACCAGCUGGAGACUAUCCAGACCUAUCGCUCUGUCAGCGACAUGGCCUCCACCAAGUUUAAGAGAAUGUUGAAUCGGGAGUUGACACACCUGUCUGAGAUGAGUCGGUCUGGGAAUCAGGUGUCCGAAUUCAUCUCCAACACCUUUCUAGACAAACAGAAUGAGGUGGAGAUACCGUCACCUACACCUAAGACGCGGGAGAAGAAGAAGCAGCAAAAGCAGCAGCUGAUGACGCAGAUCAGCGGCGUCAAAAAGAUUUCUCAUGGAUCUUCGCUUUCCAGCAGCAGCAUCACACGUUUCGGCGUCAAAACAGACAAGGAGGAGCUGCUGUCCAAGGAGCUGGAAGACCUCAACAAGUGGGGGCUGAAUAUCUUCACAGUUUCUGAGUACUCAAACAGCCGACCUCUCACCUGCAUCAUGUACGCCAUCUUUCAGGAGCGAGACCUAUUAAAAACAUUUAAGAUCCCAGUGGACACGUUUGUGGCCUACAUGAUGACACUGGAAGAUCACUACCACUCCGAUGUGGCCUACCAUAACAGCCUGCAUGCAGCUGACGUAGCCCAGUCCACGCACAUCCUUCUCUCUACUCCGGCCCUCGACGCUGUCUUCACAGAUCUUGAGAUCCUCGCUGCCAUCUUUGCCGCUGCCAUCCAUGAUGUUGACCAUCCUGGAGUAUCAAACCAAUUCCUCAUCAAUACAAACUCUGAGCUGGCGUUAAUGUACAACGACGAGUCUGUGCUGGAGAAUCAUCACUUGGCUGUGGGAUUCAAACUCCUGCAGGAAGACGGCUGUGACAUCUUUCAGAACCUCACGAAAAAGCAGCGACAGUCCCUUCGCAAGAUGGUCAUUGAUAUGGUUUUAGCCACUGACAUGUCCAAACACAUGAGUCUGUUGGCCGAUCUGAAGACCAUGGUGGAAACCAAGAAGGUGACGAGUUCUGGAGUCCUGCUGCUGGACAAUUACACAGACAGAAUACAGGUGUUGCGAAACAUGGUGCACUGCGCUGACCUGAGUAACCCCACAAAGUCCCUCGAACUGUACCGCCAGUGGACUGAUCGGAUAAUGGAGGAAUUCUUCCACCAGGGGGACCGGGAGCGAGAACGAGGGAUGGAGAUCAGUCCCAUGUGCGAUAAACAUACAGCUUCGGUGGAAAAGAGCCAGGUGGGUUUCAUCGACUACAUCGUCCACCCUCUGUGGGAAACUUGGGCCGAUCUGGUCCAUCCUGAUGCGCAGGAUAUUCUGGACACACUGGAGGACAACAGGAACUGGUACCAGAGCAUGAUCCCCCAGAGCCCCUCCCCGCCCUUCUAUGACCAGGGGACUCAUGGACAUGGGGGAGGCACAGGGGGGCAGGGAGGUGGCGAGAAGUUUCAGUUUGAGCUGACCCUGGAGGAGGAGGACUUGGAUGGAAUCGAGAAAGAUGAAGAAGUGGAGGAGGAGGAAGAAGAAGAAGAAGAAGAAGAAGAAGAAGAUGAGGAGGCAAUUGAUGAGGAGGAGGACGGCCGAGGGGAUUCUGGUUCUCCUCCUGUGGACUACCAGGAGCAGGACGAGGGUGACGUGCCGGAGCCCACGUCGACAAUAGAGAUCGUGACGCACGAGGCGUCACCCACAGACACAUAGGGAGGGGCUUCCAUCAGCAGGCUCAAGUGCUGAUUUGAAAGCGUUUUGGAAAAAAGAGGGGAGAUCCUCGAGCAGCUGUGCUUUUUAAGAAGCCCGCAGAAGCAAAGGCUUAGUUUUGGCCCGCACGGGGGUGGGGGGCCGUCUUGCACUUGGGUGUUUGAAGCCGGACACGGACAGACAGUUUCGGAGAAGCGGCUUCGGAGUUCUCAGGAAAUAAUUACCGCAAACAUUUGAGUCUUGAUGGUCACGCAAGAAGGACGGUGGAAAUUGAAGGAUGUAGGCCAGUUUGGGAAAAUCUUUCUUUUUCUGGGCUGGCAGUAAAUGAACCUUGACACUACUGAGAGAAAUUUUGUAACUUAAGACUUUUUUUUUUUUUUUACAGAUAUAGAUGAUAUAGAAGUAGCAUAGAAUAAGAUCUACUGAUGGAGACACGUUUGUAUAGCGAGAGAAAGUGUUUACUUUUUCCUGUACCAUUUGUCAAAGAACUUUUGUGUGCCUUUUUUACUAAUGUCUUUAUAUAGUUUUUUUUUUUUUAUUAUUUAUUGAACACUCUAGUACAGUAUGUCUGUGAAAUGUUUUUCUUAUCAGAGAGAGUAAAAUCAUUUUUGUAUGUUAAAAAGAGAACAGUCUUCCAUGUAUCGGGCAAUAGAGAAAUAUAAUGUCGACAAACAACCCAUAGAUAAAAUCGUUUUAGUAGGGAAACCUAAAUGCGCACAUUUUGUCAGAAUUAUUUCGUAGUCCGAGCACAACGUUGUUUAGUGGAAUUUAAACACAGCGACGUUUGUGGUUUGUGUUUUAUGAUGGCAUUGUUCCAUUCACAUUGUACGUGUUAAACCCAUAAACAUAUUUUAAUACAUCUACAUACUUCUCAACAAAAUAUCUGUUGUCUUAAAAUAGUACGAAAACAUUGUGGGCUUCCUAACUUUUCAAACCAAAACUGAAAUUUCCAUGCAAAAUGCACAGUGGGGUCAUGUGUUCCUGCUGGAUGGAAAAGUGAUUUAUUUUUUGUUUUGACUCUUAAAGUCCUCUUUCCAUCUGAGACUGCCAUUCAAAUUUAAUUAUUUCAAACAUAAUAAACCUAUAAUACCACAAGAUUUAAAAAAAACUGCAAACAACUCAUAAUAAGUACCUCUGCCGAGGAGUUUAUAUUUUUGUUCAGCUCCAUGAAAGGAACCUACAGGGCCAAUUUCACCAGAGGGCGAAUCUCAUGGGUCAUGAGCUCAUGGGAAGAAUCCAUUGCAUAUUGCUGACAGACCAAUUUGACCUAACAAAACAAACGGUAUUUAAUUCACGUUUGUCUUUGUGGAGGUCUGCUCCCGAGAGUACGCCUCUUAAUUGUCAAAUCAAUGGUGGUGUCCGACAAGGACAAAAUGCACAUGAGCAGUGAUUCUAUUUUUAACUGGCGGGUAUGCUGCAGUCUUAAUAAUCCUGUUAGUUAGAACUCCUCCUGACCCCCGGGCCCAUCUGAUGCAAAGCCCUUCUGCCCCUAUGCAAUCAGGCCCUGCAGACCACAUGACCACAAGGUGCUCUUCCAGCUGCCAGUCUGAAAGGCGUGCUCAGAGCCUCAUCAGUGCCACUGUUCCCGUGCUUGACAAACCCCUCUCGGCUCUGCGGACACGACCCGAAACAAUCAGGCCGGCUAUUUUUUUUCUUUUUUUUUUUUUUUUCUGCAAUGAAGCCCUGCUUCCUCCCAAUGACGUCAGUGGGGGUUUAAAAAAAAAAAAAAAGUUCCUUUGCCGCAUCAGGUUUCCAGGGCAGUUUGGAUAGUACAAAUUGACACACAUAUAUUUGAUGGUGAUACUUUCGAGAAAUUAGGUGCUCUAUUUUAACAGCAGGCUGGAUCAUUUUCCAGACUUUUGAGAAUAAUGGUUGGAAAAGGGUUUGUCGACUUCACAUUUCCUUUGGUUGAUGAUCCCAGCUUCAUUGGAUGCAUAUUGGUUUACUGAUGAACUAAAAAGGUACUUUGUCAAAAAUCCCUCCAGGAUAGUUAACUGGCAAUCACGCGUGUGUUGUGUGCAUUUGCAGUAUGAGCGGUUUUGUAUACAGUAUGUCUGCGUGUAUGCGUGCGAUUAGAUAUUUUGACUUUGCCAUUGGCCUUAUACCUCUCCCCAUCACGCCUCACCUUUGUCUAUACUGUUUGUUGCUAGGAGCUCAAGUUGGUCUUUUUGCUGUUUAUAACAGUGUAUAUUCUAUAUGUUAAGCAUGUAAAUAAGAACUACUAGUUCGGUGUAAAAUCAAUUUUCUAACUUAUAUGCACUUGCAUUACCUGGAAGUGGUGGUGUCUAAUGUGUGAAAGGCUCUGGAUUCGAGUCUUGUUUUGUUUUAUAUAUUGUUGUAUAAUUAUAGUUACACACAACACAAUUAAACAUUGUGUAAAUAUCUGCACACGGUUUCGAGUGCCCAGCAGAGCGGGAGCUAAAGGAAUGUUGUCAUAUGAGAACCUUGUAACAUCAAAAUGACCAAGUUACCAAAGUUUUCCCUUAAUGUAAUGCUGCAUUCAAACCCUUUCAAAAUAUAUACAUGUUUUUUGAAUACCUGAAUUCAUUUUAAACCAAAAAUGAAACAUGACAAUAAUAUUGUUGCUUUAACGCUGUCAUUUCAGACACGUCCCUCUUUAUUGCUUUUAAAGAAUUGUACUUUUAUUUUUUCAGAACUCUUCGUUGAUUCAUAAUUUCAUGAUCACAAAAUUGAAUUGAAUUUAUACAAAGCGGGGCCAUUAAUUUUUAAAGUACAAGGUUGUCAGAUGACAGCAGUUUGGCGAGCCAAAUGCGACGUAGAGGACACGUUAAAUUGCAUCUGCUUGGAAAUAGGACACGUGCAUAGCUAAGCAGCACAGACACUUACUUGAUCAUUGCUUUGUAUCAAAAUAUACAAAUUGCUUAUUUUAUCUCAGCAGCUUGUUCAAACCGAAGCUUCUAAUUCACAUAUUUCAAUGGCAAGUGCUAAUUUCUAAGAUCCAUGUUUGAGGAACACCAAACUACAAUUGCACAUCAUGUAAAAGCAGAUGUCACUGCGACAGUAUCGGUGGCAUGCGACAACACGCACGGCACUCAAUUGAUCCGCGUUAUCCACAAAAUGGUCUCGUAAUUGUGCUACUGUGUAAACCGUUCCUGACCAAACCUAGCAGUUUUGAAAAACAAUUUUCUUCAGUAUUAACAUUGUUUAUCUAUGUUCAAGCUUUUUGGUCCUAGUUGUCCAAAUGGUUAGCCUGAUUUAGCACUAUCUGCAUGACAGGUGAUUUUUGUUAUUGUCAAUAAUACAUUUAGGUCCACCGGUUGUUGCAGGUGGCUUAAUAAAUGUUUCACACAAUGUAUGGCAUUAUAUUGUAUAUUGUGUUUUAAAAAUAAAUUGGACAUACUUUUUCUAAGAAGCGAUUAAAAGUAAAGCAUGACUGUAUUUCAUGUGCUUGU